AUGGCGGCCUCCAGCUCCCAAUCCACCCUCCCUCAGGGAUUCUCCGUCUUCCAGCCGUCUCUCGGCGCCCAGCUGCAAUUCUUCCCCGCUCUCGGGUCUCAGCAGCUCGAUGACAUGAUCAGUGCCUUCAUCCCCGGCCCUGCUUCCAUCAAGGACAAGCGCGCCACCAUCACCGUCGACUUCCUCGAGUACUCGCACAUGACUGGCCAGAACUUCAAGUUUUAUCCCGUCAUGGCUACGUCUCCCUCCGCUGAGUCGCCUGCCGCAGUCAGCCCCUCGCUCGACUCCGCCAGCUCGUCCUUCAACGUCUCUCCCGUCACUUCCAGCUGGGACUGGAGCGCGGCUGCUUCCACAACCUCACACUCGUCCACACAGCGCCGGCGGCAAUCGUCCAAGGCCAGCCCCCCCUCGAGACAUCAGACUGCCACCGACUUCUCCAGCCUGCCUGGCAUGAAGAUCCUCACCAAGGACGGUCGCGAUGUGACCAACUCGGCCUCGCGCGGCUCCAAGACCAAGGAGCAGCGGGACCACGCCCACCUCAUGCGCAUCAUCAAGGCCUGCGACAGCUGCCGCCGCAAGAAGAUUCGCUGCGACCCCAGCCACAAGAAGCGAGGAGCUGCCCAGCCGCAAGCAGUCGCUGCAGCCAUCGCGAAGCCGGCCAAGAAGCAAAGGACGGCAACCCAAGAAGCUCCUCCGCUUACCGCUCCACAAAUACAAGUCGGCGAUAUCACCGAGCCUUCUGCCAUGCUUCUGGACGAGCUUUCGUUCCCGUCCUUUGACCUCGACUCGUCGCUUGACUUUACCGCGCUCGAGUCGCUGGAUGCCUCUGCGGCCUGGGAUGAGUUUGUGCAGUUCCCUCCGAUGGAGACUGUGCCCGAUUACGACUUCUUCCUCGACCCGGAGAAUUACUUCUCUCAGUCCUCCUCUGCGUCCUCGUCGGCGUCUCCCGGCAAGGUGCUCACGCCGCCGCAAUCGCAGGAAGUUAAUACGACGCCUGGUAGUGAUGUGAAUUACUCCGAACCUGGCGCGCCACCUGGUGGCGACCUCGGCCUGUAUGGUCCGAAUGCACCUCCUGGCGGCGAUGUCGAUGGCUACGAUUCUCAGCAGUCGAGGUCUCCUCAAUACCCCUUCCUCGACCAGCCUGGUUCUGCGGGCAGCGAUUACACCGACUUCAACCUGUACUCGCCCGAGUCUACCUUCUCUGAGGACGAGCGCAUGCUGCCGAUUGGCAACUCGUCGUCAAGUCUGUCCAACCUCAACGAACCACAGAUGUCUGAGUGCCCACCGCCUAUUGGCGUCGCCAGCGGCGAUGACGUGGGCGAUUGGGAAGCCAUUGCCCGCCAAUUCAACGCCACUGGCGACAAUAUCGGCGGUAUGCCCUACUAUGAUCCGGGUCUGAGUGUGGACAGGGACGAGAAUGUCCAUGCCACCUCUGCUCAGGUCAACGCCAACCGCUCUGACUCUGUCGGCGGCCGCGUGCUAAUCUGCUGCCCGCCUGGCACGGUCGUCAUGGCCGAGGAUGGCUCGGAUACCCGCAUCCUGGAUCACGUAUCAACUAGUCUCAAUGUCUCUGGCUUGACCUCGACUAGCCCCGAGCUGGCUGCAAGUGAAUCACCAGCACUUGUUCAGUCCGUCGCGGGCGCGGCAGUCUCCGCUUCUGGCGAGCGCGGCAGUGAAUCGCCAGCACUCUCUCAAUACGCCGCGAGCGCGGCACUCGUUGCCUCUGACAGGCGUCGCAGUGAACACCCAGCUGCGAUUUCCGCUCAAGAUCAUGUGGCUGCACCAGCCUCAGGUGCUGACCGGGAGGAUCAGUUCCCUCUAAUCGAUCAACACGUGGACGAUCCUCUACAGCGACCACGCCUGCGCCCCAGCGGCGAUGUCGUGGACGGACAGCCUCUUUUCGCCGAUGGCGACCCUGUCCUCGCCGUGCACAACGGCUUAACCGGCCUGGCACCGGCAACCGCGUCGUCGGUUCAUCCUGGCCAGGGCCUGGAUGUUACGUCGCGCGACUCACCUGUCAGCCUCCACGCUGUAGAUGUCUCUGCAGCGGAAUCUCCCGGGGAUGUCUCCUCUGGCGAGCAAGACGGCGUGGCCAGGGCACCUCAGGUUGCUCUGCGCGAUCCUGGACGCCACCUGGCAUACCGUGUCAAUGAUGCGUACAGCCGCGGUCCCGAUGGGACUCACGGCGCCAGCCUGCUGUACGGUCAGGCCGUCGCAUCGACCAAUGUGUCGCCUGCCAUGGUCACGGCUUCUCAGUCAAGGCGUGACUCGAUGGAUGUUGCCACCAACGAGUCUCGCGUGGCCUUGCCACAGACCUCAGCCGUCGGCCGUGUGUCGGCGAGUGCUCCUGUCGUGGCCGUCGGCGACUCUCAAACCGCUGCGACCACCGGCGCGAGCCCGCCCACAUCGGGCAACAUGGCUGUCGCGGCCGCCGCCGUGUCUGCCUUUGUGCAGUACAUGAGCAGCGUAAUGGCCGCUCAGCAAUCUUUGAUCGCUGGCGAUUCGUCCAAGCAAUCAUCCGCUGCGCGCGGCGUCGUGUCUCGGCCGAAGAUUUCGGACCGUACCCGCGCCGUCGUUCGAAGCCAGGCAAUGCGACUCGCGCCAAUGGGCGCUGCCGUGAGCGUCGCUGCCAUGGGAUAG